AUGGCCGACGCGACAAACUCGGGCGAUGAGCUCUACCCCAUUGCCGUGCUCAUCGACGAGCUCAAGCACGAUGAUGUUACGCUCCGCCUCAAUGCUAUCCACCGCCUCUCGACCAUUGCCCUCGCCCUUGGCCCGGAGCGUACGCGGGAUGAGCUCGUUCCCUUUCUCGACGAAUCGGUCGAGGAUGAAGAUGAAGUCUUGGUGGCUCUCAGCGAAGAGCUGGGCGGUUUCGUCGAAUACGUCGGCGGCCCCGAUUACGGUCACGUCCUGCUCUCACCCCUCGAGAACCUCGCCGCCAUCGAGGAACCCGUUGUUCGCGACAAGGCAGUCGAGUCGCUCAACAAGAUUUGCAGCCAGCUGUCAUCCCAGCAGGUUGAAGAGUACUUCAUCCCCCUGACGCUCCGACUCUCUAAGGCAGACUGGUUCACGUCCAAGGUCUCGGGCUGCGGACUCUACACCACCCCCUACAGCAAGGUCUCGGAGCUGUCGCAGGAGCAGCUCCGCCAACAGUUUGGUCUACUCGUCCAUGAUGAGACCCCCAUGGUCCGCCGCCAGGCCGCCACCAACCUCUCCAAGUUUGUCAAGGAGAUGACGGCCCCCGUCGUCAUUGACGAGAUGAUCCCCCUCUUCCAGCACCUCGUCUCUGACGACCAGGACAGCGUCCGCCUCCUCACCGUCGACAUCCUUACCUCAAUAGCCGAGACGGUUCCCAAGGAGCAGCAGGCCAGCCACGGUGUCCUGCUCACCUCCCUGCGCAGCCUGAUAGAAGAUAAGAGCUGGAGGGUCAGGUAUAUGAUUGCCGACAGGUUUGAAAAGAUGGCCAAGGCUGUCGACGACGAAGUUGUCUCUAGGGACCUUGUCCCCGCAUUUGUCAAGCUCCUCAAGGACAACGAGGCCGAGGUGCGGACCGCCAUUGCCGGUCAGAUUCCCGGCUUCUGCGCCCUCGUCGACCGCUCCGUCCUCCUUGGUGAUAUCAUCAGCAGCAUCGAGGAUCUCGUCUCCGACUCUUCCCAACACGUGCGGGCCGCGCUUGGGACCCAGAUCAGCGGACUGGCUCCCAUCUUGGGCAAGCAGGAGACUAUUGACCACCUUCUCCCCAUGUUCCUGCAGAUGCUCAAGGAUGAGUUUCCUGAGGUUAGGCUUCACAUCAUCUCCAAGCUUGAGCUUGUCAACCAGGUUAUUGGUAUCGACCUUCUCUCGCAGGCCCUCCUCCCUGCUAUUAUCCAGCUUGCCGAGGACAAACAGUGGCGUGUGCGCCUAGCCAUCAUCGAGUACAUUCCCCUGCUGGCCAGCCAACUGGGCGUCAAAUUCUUUGAUGAGAAGCUCAGCACUCUGUGCAUGGGCUGGCUAGGUGACACCGUCUUCUCUAUCAGGGAGGCGGCCACGCACAACCUCCAGAAGCUGACCGAGGUCUUUGGCGUCGAGUGGGCUAGCGAGGCCAUCAUUCCCCGCGUCAUGCAGAUGGGCAACCACCCCAACUACCUAUACAGGAUGACGACGUGCUUUGCAAUCUCGACCCUCGCCAACGUGGUGAGCAUGGAUGUGAUUGCCAAGUCGAUACUUCCCAUGCUAGACAAGAUGGCGGACGACGACAUCCCCAACAUCCGCUUCAACGUGGCCAAGACGUACACGGUGCUGGCCAACACGUUGCGCCGCCUGCCCGAAGAGGGCACCCUUUACUCUCUAGAGAAGAAGGGCAAAGAUUUCAAGCCGUCACCCCGCGGCCAGGAGCUCAUCGAGCAGAAGAUUACGCCCAACCUGAUCAAGCUGCAAAAGGACGACGAUGUCGACGUGCGCUUCUUCGCGACGACGGGACUUGGAGAGCCGGCGGGUGGCAUGAUCGCUGCGACGGGUGGCGGCCAGCAACAGUCGACUGAGGGGGAGCCGAUGAAUACGUCACCAUAG